ACUGGACACUGCAGCACCCACUCCCCAAUGCAAUGCCUAGCUAGCACUUCGUAGUAGAUCAAGGCGUGUAGUAGCACCAGCGUGGGAGAGUCGCCAUGGGGGGAGAGACCAAGGUGGUCGAGGAGACCAAGGUCGAGCUGAAGACGGCCGUGUACAAGGUGCACGUCCACUGCGGGCAAUGCGCGCGCGACAUAGAGACGCAGUUCACCGAGUUCCACGGGGUUCAGGAGGUGAAACUGGACGCCGGGUCAGGGAAGGUGACGGUGAGGGGCGUCGGGUUCGACGAGGAGAAGCUCAGGGUGAAGGUAUCCAGGGGAUGCAGGAGGCACGUUGAGUACAUACCUCCCCCACCUCCCCCCAAGGAGAUAAUCACCGAGGUCAAGAGCACGAAAGAGGAGAUCAAGAUCAUAACGGUGAAGGUUCCCUUGCACUGUCCGGACUGCGCAGUCAUGGUCAGAGAGAUCCUGCUUGAGCACAAGCAUAUUUACGCUGCCAAGGCGGACUUGGGCAAGAACACUUGUGUCAUCGAAGGCGUCAUCGAGGAGAAGAAGCUGACCGAGUACAUCUACCAGAGAACGCGCAAGCACUGCGUCAUCGACAAGGUAGAGACGACGGUGCGCAUCGUGGAGGAGACGGUCGUGGUGAAGAAGAAGAAAGAGGAGGUGGUCGAGAAGGUGGUCGAAGAGGUUGCAGAGGUUGUAGAGGAGAAGAUCAAGGAGGUGGUGGCCCCCUACUUCCUCCCCUGCACGCACCCGCACUUCGCCGACUACUCGCACCCGUCGCACCGCUGCGGCGGCGACAGCUGCUCGCCGUACGGUGGCGGUGGUGGUUACGGUUAUGGCCACGGGCACGGCUACGGUGGUGGUGGUUACGGUCAUGGCUACGGUGGUGGCUGCGGGUCAUACAGUAUGCACUCUGAGCUCAGAGGGUACCAGGACACGUCAUUCUUGCAUUGCUCGCACCCUGUUGACUUCCUCAGUCACGACAACCCCAAUGGAUGCUCCGUGAUGUAGAGUGUUUGUAUUUUGUAGGCUGAUUUAUGGCGAAUGUGUUGAAAUUCUAAAUAAGAACACCACUGAACUACUCUCUCCAUUUUUAUUUAUUUUCACAAACACGCAAAAGCCGAUAUAUUAAAAAGGGGGAAAACGGAACAAAAAUGCUAGACGCACGGAUUACUACGGGCAUUCAACCGACCCUUCCAACUAAACAAACUUGCCCCCUCCCUAUUUGCCACUUCAAAUCUACCCUGUAAUAAGCCCGUGAAGGUCCGUUGAUGUAAUGCUCUAUCGCACCCAAGCCUCUUUAUAUCUUCUUCAAGACAGUCACCAUACCUAUCUAUUAUGGCAUUUACAUAAGAAUUCCGAGAUAUAUUGCCAUGCAACUAACGUCAUCAUCAUAUACAUGACUUG